AUGAUUCCCCUUUACAAAAAGGCACUUUUUCGGACUCUUCGCUUCUUUGCAUGGUCUUUGUUCAGUGCUUGGCUUUUCUUUUUAUUUGAAAAUACUGAAAAGGAUGACGCACAGGUUAAAUUACAGCUGCUUCGUUCUCUCUAUGAAUCUAUGGCAUCUAAAUACAACAUGUCUAUUGAAGAGUUCAACGGUUUUAGCAAAGUGGCCUAUGAAGCUUUGAGCGAACCAAAACGACAGUGGAGCUACUACGAAGCAGUUGAUUUUACUUUCCAGGCUUUUACGACAAUAGGUAAGGUCCAGUGUUAGCCUGCGAGACUGGCGGGAUUGUUAUCUCUGGGCUUUUUUCUUGUCGUCACGGGUUAAUUAUGUGUGAAGGGAAAAGAUCAUUUAUUAUAAGUUUCCUUUCUUUCAGCUGAUUUCUCUGUCAGUAUCGAGUUUCCUUCUUAUCUGCAUUGUUUUUCUUGAAAAUUGUCGUGAACGUUAUUUGAAACGAAAAAGGAGACCAUCCUCAUCGUUUCUUGUCUUUUAUCCCAUUCGCCAAUUCCCCAUUUUCUAGAAAGUAUUUUCAAUUAACAGCUGAGUUAGGACACUUUUAGGACCACCGGUUUAUCAGUUCUUGUAACAGUUUCAAGUGUUUUUAUCAGGGUCUGGACGGGUUGUUGUGAACCCGCACCUUUUUAACGCUUGUCUUGUUGAUCUUGUUGAUUCGCAUUUGUCGCUUGAACGUUUGAAUCCUGACGAUUUCACGAAUUCUCGACAGACAGAAAAAAAUAUCGUACAUCCCGUCGCCAAAUUUUGGCAAAUCCCGAUCCCCUGGUAGAAGUGAAAUCCUGUAUCCCGUCAGGAUAUUUUGUGUUUUCUUGAAGCCCACGCAGUAUUUGGCGAAAUCCCGGGUCUCACAAAUACCCUUCCAGACCGACUGAUUUUCACAAACGUGAAGGAUUAAAGACACUCGCACGUGGUAGUCGUAAAGACGUGACGGCAAAGAAUUAUAUACAAAAAAAACGUGAUUCACGGGCCACGUUUUUAAUCGAUUGUUUUUUGACGUUCUCGUUGCUGUUGCUGUCUACCCUGCUUAAGGUCCCUAAAAUGCUUGUUCAGUUAGUGGCAGUAUUGGAUGAAACAAGUUCCACCUUAGUUGCUCAGGCUUUCAAUUUCAUGAAAAACCGUAUCUGUAUCUCCUCUAGGCUAUGGUUAUAUCACGCCUCAAACACCAACCGGCCAGAUAAUGUGUAUCUUGGUAUGUUUCUUGGGGAUUCCGAUUACAAUGCUGGCCUUAAAAUCAGUCGGCGAAGUUAUCCUUAAACUGGUCAACACAGUUAUCACGAAGUUUGAGAAGAACAUUCUGGGAAGGCCAGUUCCAAAGCAAGUACAAACCAAAAGUGCUGUGAUCUUAUUCCUCCUGAUGCUGCUGACAAUCUUUGUCAUCGGUCUUCUACAGAUUUCCGUGAAAGUGAAUCUCCUCCAAAGAGUGUAUUUCGCGUUUGUGACUUGUAGCACCAUCGGCUUUGGUGACUAUAUUCCUUUUCAGAUAAGCAGAAGAAUAGACCACUUACCUGUCAAUGGCUCUAAUGAUGCAUUUAAAGAAAAGAAACAGGGCCCUGAUGUGUUCUAUGCCCUAUCCUGGGAAAUUGAGGUCAUUUUUGGUUUGUGCCUUGUGUCAAGUGUAUUAAACUCAAUAAUGGCAGCCAUGGAAGAACGAAAAUGGCAUUAUCCUGGAUGUAUUCCGCGAAAGACAAGGAAACCCGUGGAUAUGGACCCCGCAAUUACCACACAACAGCAAGGCGUCAGUGACUUGGCAAAUAAAACGCUGGUUAAUGUUGCAUGCCAGACAGAAACACGACUUUAA